AUGUCGUCCACCCUCACAAUCGACAGUUUGGCCCAGCUGGACAUGGUCCUAGCCAACAACGCUCCUCUGCCUGGCCUGGAAUUCGUCGCGAUCAACACCCCCUCCUACCACGACUCAGUUCCGGGCAACAUCAACCGGCUAUCAAAGCUCGUUGAGCAGAAAACCAUACGCCCGGUUACGGUCACGAUCAUUGCAGAGUCCCCUAGACAGUAUCAGCCGUCCAGGUUAUCCGCCUUCCCUUUGUCUCUCCUCCAUGCAGCUCCCAGUAGGGCCAUCAUCAUCAGGGUCGCUCUCAAACAGACCGAAGCCGAAAACUCCUGGCAACACUUGGCCAGCGCGGCGUUUCGCGAGUGCAAGCUAUUGCUACUCAUCGACAGCAGCUCGCCAGUGCCGCCGUUGUGA